AUGUCAGGGGGUGAGGCUCUACGGACUCUGCGUGACCGUGGAAUUGUUGCGGGCAGUGCACUCUCUUUCGCACUGUAUGUAUUGGCCCAGCGAGUGAGGCUACGCCGGUACGAUGCCGAAAUCGCCAACAUCCGCACAGAGGAUGACACAGGUGUAACACUUUCGUUCAUGCGGGAGUUUGUGCGGAUGACGAAAAUGGCAUUGCCCACAGUCUGGUGCAAAGAGUUUCUUGGAACCGCCGCUUUUAUUCUGCUGUUCGUCGUGAAGUCUAUUCUGCGUGUGGCGCAGUCAAGUGCGUAUGGCCGUCUGAUGAAGUCCAUGAUUGAGGGGACGGGGGAGCAGCGCAUACAGAACUUCACCCGCGCGCUCCUCCUGCGGUGUGCGGUGUCGUUGAUGACAGCGGUGUGCAGCGGCUCGGUGGAGUAUCUGCGGCCGUGGCUCAUUGCCUGCUACCGGGCGCGGCUUAGCAAGCAGUUCCAGCGCCGCUUCUUCAGCCACCUGAUUUAUUACCAGGCUACAGUGCUGGACAAGCGUCUGGAGGCGGCCGACACGGUCAUCUCAACGUACUGCGGAGAGUUCGCUGAGCACUUGGCGGAGCUGCCGUACUAUUUCCUGAUGCCUGCGUUCGAGUGCUCAACGUCGUUGGUGGCGCUGACGCAGCACGUUGGCGGGAGGGCAGCAGCAACGGCGUGCGGCGCUGUGGCAGUUUCCGUUUAUUUGCUACAGCGGCUCGCCCCCGCCUUUGGCCGCAUUCACGCGUCUCUUCUUUCGAAGGAGGACAACUACCGCCGGAUGCUGACAAACAACCUGAAUAAUGUGGAGAGUAUCGCCAUGCACAGCGGCGGCAGUUAUACGCGGCAGAAGCUCGACACGCAGGUCGGACGACUGCAACAGGCGCUGAACCAUGUCGCCCUCGCGAGGGCGCACUUCAAUCUGCUCGAGGUCGCUUUCUCCGGCCUCUUGCAGAUGAUCUCGGGCCUCGUUGUGUUUGGUGGCUCGCUGCGGACCGGGGAUAAGUCCCUGAGUGACUUGUACGUGGAGGUGCAGUACAUGCAGGACGUUAAUGAAAGUGUGAGGGACUUUGUCGUAAACUUGCGCGAGUUGUCACACCUAUCGACCUUCACGACAAAGCUGGCGGAGUUUGACACGACGCUCGCGAGCAUUGCACAGGGCACCUUAAUUCACUCCAUGGUCUCGACGCCGAACACCGAAGCCCCGAUUGCGAGCCCAAUUAGCUACACGCAUACCAGAUUUUUCACGCGCCCAGAGGCGGCACAGCGCUUCUUGUUAUUUGGUUUUUCUGACCUGAAACUUAUGACACCGUCGGGGCAGGUGCUCUUCAGCGAUCUCAGCCUCCGCAUGGAAAGCGACCAGGACUGGGUAAUUCUAGGCGAGAAUGGCUGCGGCAAGACCUCGCUGCUACGCAUGAUCUCCGGGUUGUGGCCGCCGACCGAGGGGAGUUACUCAAUGGAGCAGCGCGUCAAGCUGCUUUUCGCGCCGCAGCACAGCUAUAUGGUGCCGCAGUGCACGCUGCUGGAGCAGGUGCUCUUCCCGAAGCUCAUCACCACGGUUGGGGAGAAGGAGCUCAGCUGUUUCAAGCAGGCACUACAGCUCGCUGGGGCACAGUCAGUGAUUGACGUGCUCGGAGGCUUCGAAAGCGCGUACGUCGGCACCGACCCACAGAACACAGAUGAGUGCUACGACUGGAGCUCCCUCAGCGGCGGCCAGAAGCAGCGCAUCAGCAUGGCACGCGUAUUCUACCAUGUGCUGACGGCAGACCGAAGCAAGGAGACGCCGGUGGCCAUCAUGGACGAGGCCACCUCCAUGAUGGACGAGACAGAGCAAGAGGUGCUGCUCAACCUGCGCCGACUGGACGUCCGCAUGCUUUCUGUAACACAUCGUGAGGACGUGAUCGCGCACCACACGCAUAUGCUGCGGGUCCUGCAUGGGGGAAAAUGGACCGUCGCGCCUGUCGUGUCGCGCGUCGGUCUCGAUGGGAAGGUUCAGAAUGCGCGGGUAUCGGCCUAG